AUGGAAUUUGCCUUUCGACCGAAGCUCGUGGGCAGUUUUCAAAGUGUUCCGCCACGGAGGAUGAUGGUGAAGCUAUUCUGUAUGUUUGCUGGUUUGGAGGAGAGGGUGUUCUUUGUAACUAUACACUCAAGUGAGUCGGUGAGUUAUCUGAAAGAAUCUAUCCAGGCGAAGAAGCCCUGGACGGUCACAGGUUGUGCCCACGAUCUUGUGCUAUUUCUGGCUAAGAAGGACAAUGUGUGGCUGAAUGAAGCUAGCGCAGCAGCGGUGAAGCUCGAUGAGCAUGGGCAUCCGCUAGGCUUGGAGAAAAUGCGGCCCACGCGGGCGAUCAAGAGCGCCAGGUACUUUGGGGAGGAAUUCCAACCGGAUGAUGGCCACGUUCAUGUGCUAGUUGUGGUUCCAAAUGCUUACCCCGAGUGGAGUCUUCGUCUUCGUAAAACCUCUGAGCUUGAAUUAUUUGCGGAAAUGGCAAGCAAAAGCCGAAAUUCCGCAGAAGUGAGAGACGUGGCUGAUAUGCUGAUGAGGAUCCAUGAAGACUUAAACCAUUUCCUCAGCUUUUCGACGUCGUCCGUUUUGCUGGAAAACUCAUGGAAUGCCGACGCCAAAACGCAGCUGGCGUUUAAACUGAUGGCCACUGAGCCAUUUGAUCUCUUCUACGUGGUAUGCAGCGGUCCAGGCGAGGUGAACCAACAAGUAUUUGCUGCUUUUGAAGAUCGAAGUGCAACUUUGAAGAUGUGCCUAGAACAAGACGAGACGGCGGUGGGAAAUGGGUCUGUCGAAGGGACAGAGAGUCUGAUGCUGUACAGUUUCAUCUAUGCGGCACUAUGCGGAAAUGACAAAUUUUACGCCGAUAAAAAACCACGGUGGGCGGUAAGGGCAGUUCUCGAAAAGCGCCGCAAAAACAAGACGAAGCCAUUCGUUUUUUUCCUUGACAAUUUCCCUUGUCUGGAUGAUUUGGAAGCCGGCGAAAAAGAGAGAAAAAUGGCGCAAAUGAUAUUGAAUGUCCUGCGAUCCCUUCGUAUCCCGGUUGUGGUAGCCGCUCACAGCUAG